GGUACAGACUCUAGGACACUUUCUUCGAAAGACUGUUUCGAUCAUAUCCGCAGCAUGAGUUUUCUUCAUGUAAAAUUGCGAAUGGCUGUGGUGUUUUUCAUAUUAAUUUCAGUGGUAUUUUUUGAUGUAAUGGCUAAUAAAAAGAAAUCGAUCAACCGUGGCCAUUGUAAUCGUGCGUGGAGAAGUGUGGCCACUAGUCGAUCAAAAUGUCUCAAGAAUAAAUCUACUGUUACGAUUUGGUUGAACAGCAGUGAUAGCGGUAAGUAAUUAUCUCUGUAUUGACCCUUUUUUUUCUGCCACUAUCAAACAUGCUUUUACAUCGCUAUUCUCUUUUAUCAGAAUAUGAAGGAAUCCUUUUGAUGUUCAAUCAAACUCACUGCGAAGCCUCUCUGCUAAGCGAAACGAAAAUCCGAGAGAUCACAGAAGCCUGUAAUGUGACUCAACGUAAGCAACGUCACCACACAGAAGAACAAGGCGCCCAGAUUCCAGUGGAUGAGAGACUGCAGGUUACGAUCGAAGGACAGGAUGAGUCAAGUAGAUAUGAAAUAGGAUUGAAAAUCAGCUUCAAGGUAUCUUUCUUUCUU